GGUUUGAUGGCCCUGGACUCACCGUACACAGGCAUUGUGAACUACAGGCAGGUGGUCCUCUCUUACGCCGAAGACUUCCAAGCAGCCGGGGGGACGGUCCUGACUGGCUUUGAGGUGGAAGACAUGAAGAUGACAAAAGAAAGCCCUGCGGGAAGUAAAGAAGGAAUGAAAUAUCCCAUUGUUGUUAGAAGUUCCAAGGGCAAGGAAAUCCACUGCAGGCACAUUGUAUCCUGCGCAGGGCUGUACUCGGACCGCCUCUCGCAGAUCAGCGGCUGUAGCCCGGAGCCUCGCAUCGUGCCUUUCCGUGGCGACUACUUGGUGCUCAAGCCAGAGAAGAGCUACUUGGUCCGAGGAAACAUUUAUCCGGUGCCUGAUCCCCGUUUCCCCUUCCUGGGCAUCCAUUUCACCCCGAGGAUGGACGGUAGCGUCUGGCUGGGGCCGAAUGCCGUGCUGGCCUUCAAGCGGGAGGGGUACAGAUUUUAUGACUUCAGCCUCCGAGAUUUCGUGGAUGCCACUGCUUACAGUGGUUUGUGGAAACUGGUGUGCAGGAACUUCUCUUAUGGGAUGGGUGAAAUGUACAGAGCGUGUUUCCUUAACGCUCAAGUGAAGGAGCUCCAGAAAUUCAUACCCGAAGUUACCAUCAAUGACAUACUCAGGGGUCCUUCUGGCGUCAGAGCGCAGGCCUUAGACAGCAACGGGAACUUGAUAGACGACUUUGUGUUCGACGGCGGCACGGGAGAGAUCGGCAGCCGGAUCCUCCACGUCAGAAACGCCCCCUCACCGGCGGCCACCUCCUCCUUGGCUAUCGCGAACAUGAUUGCUGACGAAGCAGAGCGGAGGUUCGAACUGUGACAGGAACCCUGGAGCCGCUGGGCUCUUCCACCCACUUGGUGCUCAGAGGCUGUGAUUUGAGCGAUUGCCGUCAAAGGCACCGCAAGGGAAGCUGCUCUUUUGGGGAGGAGCGGCUGGAAACAGACUGGGCCGCCGGCUUAGCAGUGGGCCCGGCGGAAGCCACGAGCAUCCCAGGGUUCCGACCAGUUAAAGCAGAACAGCCAGGCCUACGCGCGCCCCUGUGAAUUUGGCAGGAAAGACAGGUCCGCUGCGGGUCCUCAAGAGUGCCUAGAAUUCCACGGUCCCCCUUUCUAGGCAAGUUAUUAUUACGUGGCGGGGUUUGCAGAGAGAGGGAGGCAAGGCAAGUGGGCCCAUGCUCCGGCUUCUUGUUUCUAUUCGCGCGGUACCUCGAGGCCCUCCUUUUGAACUGUGACUGCAUCACCUGCCUCCCUUCCCUCCCUCUGUAAAUCCCCUGAAGAAGUCAGAACAGCGGACGUGGUCCAUCCAAGUGGCUGCUUCCACAGGUGGGGACUCUCCAUCUAGGGGCAUGUUCAUCUCAAUGUUUGGCCCUGCCGUGUCUGCGCCAGGCCACGCGGAGGGAAUUCAAGACCCCGGUGCCGUCCUGGCAGUGGCAGGGACCACGCUGCAAGCCCCUAGAAAAGAGGGCCUGCUCUUCACGGUGCCAGCUUGGCUUCCCUUCCCUGCCAAAGAGAGCAGAGGAAACUGUUCUCUGUGCCUUCAGGGAAUCCGUCCUAGGAAACGGCUUGCUGGGAGCUGAGAAACAGCUCACUUUUGAAGUAAAAGAAUGGCUUGUCCUGGCGUAUAAGGUAAUUUAUUUUUUUUACGGCCGGAGGAAUUCUCGUUCUCUCCAGACCACGCGGGCUAACGAAGAAAUGGUUUCAGUUUAAUCACGCGACCAAAUACGCACACAUCUGUAAUCUUCCCGCUGUGGAUGCUCCGGCCAUGCAGAGAUUUCAGGAUAGAUGAGUAUUGAAUUUAAAUGCAGGGUAUUUUUGUAAAACGUAACACAGGGAAGGCGUACAAGG